AUGGGCAAAUUUGCUGUGCCAUUCUUGCCGAGGCCAAUGCGACAAUUGAUACGAUACCCGAAGUACGCGAGGCGCCAGGAUCACAACAAGGCCUCCUUCAGGCAUACAAAUGUGCCAACUACGACAGUCUUAAAUCAGCCAUACAGUCUCAACUACUUGUCUAUUUACAUCAAACUGGGAGCCUGUAAAACGACCAUUUUUCUUCUUACCUCUUCUCUGUACUUCAUCUACUUGCACAAUCUUCACAAUUUGCGCUCCUUUUCUAGCAGUCAGGCGAAUUCUGUUCUUCAUGCAAGCCCAUGCUUAGCUUCAUUAUCUGCUAUUCGCCCUUCUAUUUGUGCAUGA